GUUUUUGAGUCAUGAUGCAAGAAUCUGGGUCUGAGACAAAAAGUAACGGAUCAGCCAUCCAGAACGGGUCCAGCAGUGGCAACCACUUACUAGAGUGUGGUGCACUUCGUGACACUCGCUCCAACGGGGAGACACCAGCGGUGGACCUGGGGGCAGCCGACCUUGCCCACGUCCAACAGCAGCAACAGCAGGCCCUGCAGGUGGCAAGGCAGCUCCUCCUUCAGCAACAGCAGCAACAGCAGCAGCAGCAGCAACAACAGCAGCAACAGCAGCAGCAGCAGCAGCAACAACAACAAGUUAGUGGAUUAAAGUCUCCCAAGAGGAAUGACAAGCAACCAGCUCUUCAGGUCCCCGUGUCAGUGGCUAUGAUGACACCUCAGGUUAUCACUCCCCAACAAAUGCAGCAGAUCCUCCAGCAGCAAGUGCUGAGCCCCCAGCAGCUCCAGGUUCUCCUCCAGCAGCAGCAGGCCCUCAUGCUUCAACAGCAGCAGCUUCAAGAAUUUUAUAAAAAACAACAAGAACAGUUGCAGCUUCAACUUCUCCAACAGCAACAUGCUGGAAAACAACCGAAAGAGCAACAGCAGGUGGCUACCCAGCAGUUGGCUUUCCAGCAGCAGCUUCUACAGAUGCAGCAGCUGCAGCAGCAGCACCUCCUGUCUCUGCAGCGCCAAGGCCUUCUAACAAUUCAGCCCGGGCAGCCUGCCCUUCCCCUCCAACCUCUUGCUCAAGGCAUGAUUCCAACGGAACUGCAGCAGCUGUGGAAAGAGGUGACAAGUGCCCACACUGCAGAGGAGACCACAGGCAGCAAUCACAGCAGCCUAGACCUGACCAGCACAUGUGUCUCAUCCUCAGCACCUUCCAAGACCUCCCUCAUCAUGAACCCGCACGCCUCUACCAAUGGACAACUCUCAGUCCACACUCCCAAACGGGAAAGCUUGUCCCAUGAGGAGCAUCCCCACAGCCACCCUCUCUACGGACAUGGCGUAUGCAAGUGGCCAGGAUGUGAAGCAGUUUGUGACGACUUCCCAGCCUUUCUAAAACAUCUCAACAGUGAGCAUGCGCUGGACGAUAGAAGCACAGCUCAAUGUAGAGUACAAAUGCAGGUUGUACAGCAGUUAGAGCUACAGCUUGCAAAAGACAAAGAGCGCCUGCAAGCCAUGAUGACCCACCUGCAUGUGAAGUCUACGGAACCCAAAGCUGCCCCUCAGCCCCUGAAUCUGGUAUCAAGUGUCACCCUCUCCAAGUCUGCAUCAGAGGCUUCUCCACAGAGCUUACCUCACACCCCCACGACCCCAACUGCCCCGCUAACUCCUGUCACCCAAGGCCCCUCUGUCAUCACCACCACCAGUAUGCACACGGUGGGACCGAUCCGCAGGCGGUACUCGGACAAAUACAACGUCCCCAUUUCUUCAGCAGAUAUUGCGCAGAACCAAGAAUUUUAUAAGAAUGCAGAAGUUAGACCACCAUUUACAUAUGCAUCUUUAAUUAGGCAGGCUAUUCUCGAAUCUCCAGAAAAGCAGCUAACACUAAAUGAAAUCUAUAACUGGUUCACACGGAUGUUUGCUUACUUCCGACGCAACGCGGCCACGUGGAAGAAUGCAGUGCGUCAUAAUCUUAGUCUUCACAAGUGUUUUGUGCGAGUAGAGAACGUUAAAGGGGCAGUAUGGACAGUGGAUGAAGUAGAGUUCCAAAAACGGAGGCCACAAAAGAUCAGUGGUAACCCUUCCCUUAUUAAAAACAUGCAGAGCAGCCACGCCUACUGCACACCUCUCAAUGCAGCCUUACAGGCUUCCAUGGCUGAGAAUAGCAUACCUCUGUACACUACCGCUUCCAUGGGAAAUCCCACUCUGGGCAACCUGGCCAGUGCCAUCCGGGAGGAGCUGAAUGGGGCCAUGGAGCACACCAACAGCAACGAGAGCGACAGCAGUCCGGGCAGAUCCCCUAUGCAAGCUGUGCAUCCCGUACACGUCAAAGAGGAACCCCUUGACCCCGAGGAAGCAGAAGGGCCUCUGUCCUUAGUGACAACAGCCAACCACAGUCCAGAUUUUGACCAUGACAGAGAUUAUGAAGAUGAACCAGUAAAUGAGGACAUGGAGUGAACCUCUGGGCGGGCCGACCCCGAGACCGAAGAUUGGGAAAAAAAGCAAAACAAAACAAAUUUAAAAAAAAGAAAAGAAAAAAAAAAAACAGGUCAGAAGUUAGCAGUGAAGCCGUUCUCCGCUCGUUGUACGGUCUGGAGGGUUUUUCGCUACAUUUUGACAACUCUGAAAUGUGUUAACUCUUAGUGCCAUCAAGAAUCCCAUUUGGGAGUAUUUUUGAUUUUUCUACUUUUUGUUGACAAAAGGGAUUUGUACUCUGUGCAUUGGAUGGACCUGUUUGGUACUUGGGAUUUUCCUCUUUGAGUCAACAUCAGUGUUGUAAAUUCGGUAAACGGAUUCACUUUUCGCAGCAGACUUUGAACUGCAGUUUUGUCCUGCCAAGGCCGACACCCACCGAGGACACCCGACUGAGCUCGCGCACCUGCGCCGGCCGCAGACCAAGCCUUCGCCCGAAUUCCAGAUUCCAGUGGACGACCUAUUUGCACAGCACUGCAUGUUGAUAUCACUGCCUUCACUCACUUUGGUUUUCUUUUUUGUUUGUUUGUUUUUGUUUUUGCUUCCAGUUGGGAUGGGGAAGGCCUUUGUGUGUUUAUUGGGGGGAGGGGUUAAAAAUAAUUAUCCCAAACUUUUUAAUGUAUUGCUCUUUUUUUUUUUUUUUCCUUUUCUUCUUCUGUACCAUUUUAAGUUCUGACCUCAGGCCUCCAUUUGGGCCCAUGGCCUCUUGGAGGCUUCACGUUUUCUGUACCUUGUGAUGAAUGUUAAUAGGUGUUUUUAUUAUACAAAGCUGAAUGUCA